AUGACCAUCAAAUGGUACUUCCAGAGAUGCACACAGAUUGGAUUUGAGGAAGAUACAAGGAAGGAGAUAAGCAAUCAAACAAGAUUAACUGAGUUUCUCCUUGUGGGCUUUUCCAAUGAUCCAGGCAUGCAAAUCCUGCAUGGAAUCUUCUUCCUAAUGGUUUAUUUGACAGCUGUGAUAGGAAAUGGACUCAUCAUCUUCCUCAUCACUUAUUAUCCUCGACUUCAAACUCCCAUGUAUUUCUUCUUGAAGAAUUUGUCAUUUAUAGACCUCUGCUACAUCUCCAUCAUUGUUCCUAAACUUGUUCAUAACUCUUUGAUGCAUAGAAGCUCAAUAUCCUUCCUUGAGUGCAUUUUGCAGGUAUUUUUUUGCAUGUCUUUUGCUUCCACUGAAGUAGCCAUUCUAACGGUGAUGUCCUAUGACCGUUAUGUGGCCAUCUGUCGUCCACUACACUAUGAGGUCAUCAUGAACAGAGGGGCCUGCGGGCACAUGGUAGCAGCUUCCUAUAUCAGUGGGGGGAUCUCUGGAGGAAUGCACACAGCAGCGACAUUUUCUGUAACAUUUACUUCCAAUAGAAUUUAUCAAUUUUUCUGUGAUAUUCCACAAAUUAUUUUGAUAUCAGACUCCAGAAUGAACAUAAAAGAAAUUAGCCUCAUCGCACUUUCUUUGAGUAUUACAAUAGUUUGUUUUGUGUCUAUAAUGUAUUCUUAUGUCCAUAUUUUCUCCACUGUUCGAAGGAUUUCCUCUUCAGAAGGAAGAAACAAAGCCCUCUCCACUAGCAUUCCUCAUCUAUUGGUUGUGACCUUGUUUAUUCUAACUGCUUCCUUGGACUACCUUAAACCACCCUCUGACACAGAGUCAGUUCUAGAUCUCAUUUUGUCUGUAUUUUACAUCGUGCUGCCUCCCUUAUUGAAUCCCAUUAUAUACAGUCUUAGAAACAAGGACAUAAAAGCAGUUCUGGGGAAAAUGCUUAGCAUGGAAAGCUAUAAAUCAAACUAA